AUGGGAAAUGGAACAUGUUGUAAUAGAGUAGAAAGAAUAGAAACAUUAGAAGUUGAUAAUACUCAACCUUAAAAUACUAAAAUAUGUUCUAUUUUUGAUGCACCAUAACAAAUGAUUUCAUUAUCUGAUUCUGAUGAAGACUAUUAACCAUAAAAAUAGCCUUAGUUUGGAGUGUUUAAAGACCAUCAAAAAAGUUCUCAGUUAUCAACAGGAUAAUAAUAUUCUUUUUAAAGUCUCCCUUCUGAAUAAUAAUUCUCUAAUUUUGUUACUUUUUAGGCGAUUCCAUCUCAGUAAGGAAUAAAAAACAAUGUUUUUUCAAAAUUCUAAAAGGAAAUGAUAGAUGUUGCUAAAAAUAUACCAUAACAAUAGAAGAACCAGAAAUAAAAAUGA